AUCACACCCAAAGUCCUAUUUAAACCGGUGAUGCCACCAGCCAUUCGUCGUUGUCCAAAAUGAAGUUCCUUGCAGUUCUUUUCGUCUCCUUCUGCGUGUACACUCAGUGUACCGGAGAUCUCGCACAUGAACGAGCCGUGACAAAGUGUGAACAACAGUCAGGAGUUACCCCAGAAAUUUUAGGAGAAAUGCAAGCACAUAAAUUCGACAAUCCCAAACUAGCAGCUUAUAUGUUCUGCGUCCAUAAAGUGGCAAAAUUCCAAAACGAAGCAGGCGAGUUACAGGGUGACAAUAUCAAAGCCAAGCUGAAGGAAGACGGGUACGAUGACACCGGUAUACAACAGGUGGCAGAGCAGUGUUUCCACAAUCAAGAAACUCCAGAAAAGACCGCCGUGGAAUUUACUAAAUGCAGCUUUAAGAUCUUGCAUCCAAAAAAGCAUUAAGUCUGUUAUAAGGAAUCGUUUGUGUGUAAUUAUUUUGUUAUUUUUCUCGAAAAAACUUUAUUAUACAACAAAA